AUGCAGAAGGCCAGCUGUCCAGUCCAGCGUCAACUUAGGGCUUCGCCAUGCAGUUGUUUUGUUGUUUUACGAUGGCCCUCAUGCGAGACCCAGGAGGCGUCUCCAUUCGUUCGUCCAAUGUUGUUCCCUUCCCAGACACAGACGCUCUGUGUGGCCGCUGCCACGUCCGCAUCCGUAGCCAAUCCAGGUAGCCCAUUCCAACAACACGGCGCACCUCAAGCAUGGCAUGGCAUGACAUCGACAAGGCAUCACCCAUCCAUCGUCACCCGUCUAUGGGCUCUUCCCCGCCAAUCCAUACCGCUGUAUCGCAUCGCUUCAAAACAAAGACGCGCCCAGAUUUUUCUUUGGGGUAAACUCGUUUUGGUCGCAUAA